UGUGGGAAAUCAAGAAGAGAACGAAUUCCUGAUCAAACUAUUUCCUAAUAAUUUCUGGCUAGGCCUAACCGAUAUGAAGACGGAAACCCACUUUAUAUGGGUUGAUAGUGGUGAAUGCAGCAAUUUUUCACAUUUCGAAUUUGGAGAACCAAAUAAUGCUAAUCAUCAAGAACAUUGUAUUGAAUGUGUUGUACACGGACGUCAAGUAGGCAAAUGGAAUGACAUCCGAUGCGAUGAAAGACGUCUGUACGUGUGUGAAAAAUAUCAAGAUACAACUGCACCCUCGUACGGAUCAUCUUGUCCGGAUGACAUACACGUGAUAGCUAAAAAUAAAGCAGUCUCUGUGUAUUGGAAGCCUCCUACGUGGACCGAUGAUUCCUCUUGUCAUCCCACCGUAACCAGCUCAUAUUCUUCUGGUCACGUGAUACAUAUACCGGAUAAUGAUUUAAGUGCAUCUAUCAAUGUGACGUACACAGCUACCGAUAAUGCUGGAAAUUCUGAAACAUGUUACUUUCGAGUAACUGCAUCAUAUACAGGAUGUUUGACUCCAGACAGUUCCGGAUACCCAGGUCUGCAGACUCCAGUCAGUUCUGAAAACUUAGAUCGGCAGAUUCCAGACACGUCCGAAUACCCAGGUCUGCAGACUCCGGUCAGUUCUGAAUACUUAGGUCUGACCAUUGGAAUUUUCUGUGUUGGUAUCAUUGUUGGCGUUUUUGGAGUACUUGCUGUAUCGGUCGGCUGCAAGAAGUUUAAACAGACCCCGACACAGACGUCCCAGACUUACAUGGGAUACGUGGCAGAUGUUCAUAAUAAAAAUAAUGAGCAUACAUAUGAAGAUCUACAACACAAAACUGAAGAAGAGGCCGCUUACGCUACUAUAACCACAUAAGAGAACAGCGUAUUAUAUCAACUCGAGGGUGCGCGCUCGCUUCGCCUGCUGACCCUCUAGUAUGUGAACGUCACGGUUAGUUUCGAUUUGAAAAAAACAAUAUGACCACUAAAAGAAGAUAGGUUGUAUGGUUUUGAAGGCAGUUUCAUAAAGCAGUUUCGUAUAAUUGUUCAUAACAGAAAUAUUUAGGAAACACUAAAAUGAGUUGAAACAACAGUAGUGUUACCUCCAUAAUUUUCCUUAGAAAAAGUUCUAUGUUCGCACUAAAUUUAAAAUUGACAUGAUUUGUAAUUGGUAGGUCUAAAAUAUUUCAUAACAUAUUUUGGUCAGGGGCAGGUAAAGCAGUUUUACUGUAACUAAUUGAGAACCCGACAACCGACUGUGCUUGACGAAAAUAUACUGUGUUUACCGACUGUUCCUGAAACCCGAGUGUGUUUGAAAAACGACUGUGUUUGAAAUUUUCCUUUUUGGAAUUCCAUAAUAAAGCCGCAGAAAUUAACAUUGAAUGUUGCUCUUGGCGUUCCAUAUAAAACCACAAACGGUAAUACAGCAAAAGACACGUGGCAGUGAAAAACGUCUGUAAAAUUCAUUAUUUUUUCCACAAUUAAUUUGAAAUAUGGAUUGAUAUCACUUCGCACGGUAGGGACUUUGAGGAUCUAUGUUGUUACAGUUUUUUUUGUAUACCUGUAGGUUUCUAAUCCGAGACGGUUUUUUAGGCUCUCGGUCUGUUAUGAUUUCAGGCCUUCAAAUAAACGUAACAUGAUGAAUAAAAAGUAUAGCCGCGUUAGUCUGUACAGUAUAGAAAGUAUAAAGUAAAAAACAGCAGCACUUUUGAGACUAACAAUAUAUAAUUUAAUAAAAAUAAACGUAAGUAAGAGAAUAAACGUAAGUAAGAGAACAACAGUAGAAUAAUUCUAAUAGGAAGUCGAAUAGAGAACGAGAAAUACCGUAAAACUUUUAAUACGAACUCAGUUUGGUCUAUAGUAAUCCAUGCUGUAAUGGACCUUUCCGCUAAGCCCCGCCCCUUGGAAAUUUUUACUAAUGUCGAACCAAAACAAUAUCAUAAAUGUUAUAAGCACGUGUGUUUGUGGGACAACGCGUGUGCUUGUAGGCCCUUUCAUGGUUGGUUGGUCAGUAGUUGUUGGAAUAGUAACACACCUAAAACGAUAGGUCUAAUAAUAACCACCCUUGCCUACUUGAUUGAUCGUGAUUUUACUGUUAGAUUUCAUUGAUGUCGUUGAGUCGUUGUUGCUUGAUGAGAUUAUCCUUGAUUUCUGUUUCGGCUUAUUCGUUAAUAAAAGUAUUAAGGUGAUUCUUCGCAGUGUUUACAAAGUUGUCGAUAUGGGGGUUUCUUCCCAUUUUAGCUGUGAACGGCUU